GUACAGCCUAAACAUUUGGGCUGUGUUGGACUCAGCUGCUUCUACUUGGCUGUGAAGGCAUCAGAAGAAGAGAGAAAUGUUCCCUUAGCCACUGACUUAAUUCGAAUAAGCCAGUAUCGGUUCACCGUUUCUGAUAUGAUGAGAAUGGAGAAAAUCGUAUUGGAGAAGCUAUCUUGGAAAGUCAAAGCUACAACAGCCUUCCAAUUUCUACAACUAUAUCAUUCACUCAUUCAUGAGAAUUUAAGCUGUGAAAGGAGAAAAUACCUUAAUUUUGAGAGACUUGAGACCCAGCUUAAGGCAUGUCACUGCAGAAUCAUGUUUUCUAAAGCCAAGCCUUCUGUCUUGGCACUGUCUAUUAUGGCACUAGAAAUAGAAGAACAAAAACUAAUGGAGUUGACAGAGGCAUUGGAAUUUCUGCAGCUGCAUUCCAAGAUAAACAACAGAGAUUUGACCUUCUGGAAGGAACUGGUGUUGAAGUGCCUUACAGAAUAUUCCUCGAGCAAAUGUUCCAAACCAAAUGUCCAGAAACUAAAAUGGAUUGUGUCUGGACGCACAGCACGGCAGCUUAAACAUAGCUACUACAGAAUAACACACCUUCCUACAAUUCCAGAGACCAGCUCAUAAUAGGAGUACAAUAAAAUGAGGAGAGAACCAUCCUGUGACCUUGUCAGCAGACACAUGAAUAUUUGAGAAACAGUCUGAAACAUUAUCUUAAUAAUGAAGAACUCAACUCAUGGAAAGAAUAUGUAACAUUUCAGACUAAAGAUCCUUCCAGUAAA